AUGGAGGAGCUGUACGAACGCGUCCUGGCGCACGUGUCGACGCCGCAGCUGCACAAGAGCUACAACGACAUACUGUACGAGGAGUUUGCAUCCGUUGCGCAGACUUUGAGCGACGUGUUGGCAGCUUUCGCGAAGCUGGAGGAGGUCCACGGUGCAGUGUCGAAGCUGCAGCAGAGCCACGACUCGUCGACCGGCGACCGCAGUGACAGUUUGAUAGCGUCGGCAGACAACACGAUGAAGUUGCAGCAACAUUUGCAACAUGAAGUGGAGAAACUUGCAGCUGGGAUGGAGGUAUCGCGGCAGGAGAGGAAGCGGAAGCGGACGGUGGGAACUAACGUUGACUCAGACUCAGCCUCCGAGAGCUCAGAGGAAGAGGAAGAAACGAAAAUUAGCGCGCAAGGGCCGUCAAGCAAAUUGGGAGGUGAUUCUCUUGGUAUAAUGAAGCGGAAAGUAGCAGUAUCGUCUGGAUUCGAGUCGGAGAGUGACAACAAUGGAGAAGACAAUAGUGACGACGAUGCAGACGACGUGGAGGGCAGUGAAGCAGCUUGGAGGGCGCUAAUGACCAAGAGUGACGAUCCGUCGUCUGAAGUGGAGCCCGAGCUAAGUCCUGCAAAGAAGCAAGCUGAUACCGACACAAAAGUCGCAGUUAAACGGUUGAGCAGAACGGUGUGGUACGUAAAGGUUAUCGUGGAUGAGGUGAAGAAGUUGUCUCGGGUGGAUCGGUCGUUUAUAAUGCCAGAUUUGCUGGCUGCUUUGAAAGAGUCGGUUGAAGAGGACGUCAAUGGUUUGUAUUCAUCUGGAGUGACGAGCUCUAUGAAGGUUCUGGUUGGUUGGUGGACCCACGGCAGCGAAUAUGAGGCCCAGCAUGCUGAACUGUAUCACGAGUACGUUGCUGUGGUGCAAUCGUAUUAUAAUCAGUUUCGGUGUUCAAGACGAAAGCGUGGGCAAAAGAGACUUCUGGAGAACAUGUCGGAGGCGAUUUUAGAUCCGUCGAAUUCAAAGAACCACAAAAAGUUGAUCAAGCUUGGUAAAGAUGCCACGCAGGUUCUUGGAGAAUUGAAAAAGUGGCGGGGAAGGAGUAUUACCCCCAGGGAGGCCUUUAAACUAAAGGAAGCCGUUGAGGCCUUGGUGGAGGAUAUGACGAUUGGCUGGAAUCCAUGUCAAGACAUUACGAUGCGCAAAUGCGUCAAGGAGUUGAAAAGUAUCUUGGUACAAGCUCAAGCUCAAGCAUCCGGCGACGCCAAGUCAAAGAGAGGUUUCGAAGUGUGCUUGUCAGUAGUUUUGAGGUGGAAGGUUGAGGAUCCACCAGCGGUGCAUAUAGUGAGAGCACCGACAGAGUAA